AUGAUCAACAUCAACACCACACCACCAACAACAACAUCACCAAGGGCCCACCUCGACAACGCCGGCGUGGUGAACCUCGGCGAGUUCGCCACACUCUUAGUGGGGGGGGGCGACAAUGUUUUCGCGGGAAACGAGUGCGGCCAGAACGGUGCGGUGUUCGGAGCCACCACCGACACAGCAAUCGUCAUCGAGGGGGGAACCUUCUUCGGCAACAAGGCUGCGGAUGGUGGCGGCGUGAUCUGGACCAAGGGUGACGUGACCAUCCUCGGGGGGAAUUUUUCGGGGAACGAUGGGGCGGAAGCGGGAGGAGUAGUGCUCGCUUCAGAGGAAAGUACAAUCAUUAUUGCAGGUGGUCUCUUCCAGGGUAAUGAGGCGUUGGACGGAGGCGUGGUGUUCGUGAGCGAGGGGGCGGCGGUGGCAGUAGAAGGAGGCGUGUUCGACUCUAACCAUGCUGGUAACGGUGGUGGCGCCUUCGCAGCGGAGGAAGACGGACACAUAGACAUCACGCAAGGAACUUUCACCAAUAACGAGGCCGACUUCGGGGGGUUUCUGUACAAGGAGGGGCCGGGAAACGCCUCCUGCACGGGUGCGAGCGUCGCGGGGCACCGCGGCGUCGACGGGGGUGCCGUAUAUGCCGUCGAGGGGGCCAAGCUGGAAUGGGGGUGCGACCUGGUGAACAACUCUGCACUCGCGGGACCUGCCAUCUACGCUCGGGACAAUGCGGAGGUGGUCCUCCGUGGGGUAGAGCUUUGCGACAACGUCGUGGCUCGCGGGAGCGUCGUCUUCGUCGUUUCCAGCAACCUCACCACCUACCAGACGGUUUUCACUGACACCGCGGGUUCUCCUGACCUGUCUGCGGUGCAAGCGGACGAGGACUCUAGCUACAAGGCUGAGGACACUUCGUUCGUUGGCUUCGCCGGAAGGGCGGUGGUCUUCAGCGAAGGGACUUUGUAUCUCGACGAGUGCAACUUCAGCGGCAGCACUGCCUCGGUUCUGGUGUACUCGGAAGGGGAUUCGACCACCGUCGUGCGGAAUGCCGUCCUGGGGGACAACAACUAUUUCGACGUCGCGAAGGCGGCUUCGACGGCCAACGAGAUACCUACGGCCCACUCGCUGAUCAACGUGAAUGUCACUUGCGACGGAUGGAUGCCGUUCUCGUCGACCUCUCCCUGCAGCGAGGGGUCCCCGUGUAUCGACGGCGAUCUCGGGGUGUACUGCCAGUGCUACACGCGGGAGUCUUCCAUAGCAGAGGGUUCCCCCUCCGAGACGUGCGUCACGGGAGACCCGGGGCUGCUUAACCUCACAGUGCUGUCGGAACCCGCCGACGCCGUCUACCCUACCAUGCUCGACGGAGAACUCCUCGCUACCCUUAAUGACGAUGAAACGGUCACCACCAGCAGCAGUACAGGGGGCUCCGGGGUAGCCGUGUCGGGGGGGGCGGGAACGGAAGGUGGCGUGAUUUGGAACGUUUCGGCGUUGCCGUUUUCUUUGGGGGAAGGGUCGAUGGAGUGGACGGUGUUUCCGUCGACCGGUCUGCUGCUCCCGGGGCGGAGCAUCACACUCCACGUGGUGACCCUCCCCAGCGAAGACUUCAACGGAGAGGCCACCGUGAGCUUCCAGGCGGACGGGAUGUCCCCUCCCGCUUCUCCUGCCGCCGAGGCCGCCGCUGCUGUUGUCAUCCAGACCACUUCAUUGGCGGAUGAUGGGGAGGAGGACACCGCCGCUGCUUCCUUCGACGUGUCCUUCUUCCACUGCUUAGAGGGGACAUACUGGAACAACGAGUGCGAUACCGGAGGCGACUCCGACUCUUGCUGCGAGCUGUGCACUGAUCUCGAUGGAGACGAAGAUGGGGUGGACUGUGAGGACAUGGGCGCGACGACCCGAACUCUCCCAGUCCAGUCGGGGUACUGGCGAGCUUCGCUGGAUUCCGUCUACAUCCGCCAGUGCUUCAACGAGGAUGCCUGCCGGGGUGGAAGCAUCGUCGCCAGCGAGCAGGAGUACUGCAACGCCGGCUACGAGGGGCCCCAGUGCGCCGUGUGUGCCUCGGGGUAUGGCAGGGGGGUGGCCAACGCAUGCCACCUGUGCACGGCCAGCUUCAAGGGGGGUAUGUACUUCGUGCUUGCUGUUGCGUCGCUGCUGACGCUCUUCGUGGUCGCACUGCUUGCGGUGUACCUGGUGGGAGGCAGGGGCGCGGUGUCAAACACUAUGACCAACACCCGGGAAUCGGUCAGGAUGCUACAGAAGCGCGGCUCCGGCCUGCUCCGCUCGGAGGGGACGACCCGCCGCUUCGACUUCAGCGCCAGCGGGGGAUGGAGCAGCUGGCAGCACCCCACUAAGGGCGGCGACCCUCUCAAGAGCGUUGGCGAGGAGAGCGAUGGCGGCGAAAGUGGCGGAAGCGGCCGGUUCAUGGGGGCAUGGGGCCGCCGGAUGAGCGCCAGCAUCGGGGUCCCCAUGCGCGGCGCUGCUAUUACAUGCGCUGCUGCGGCUACAGGCCCAUCGAGCUCGGUCAACGACAGUAAGGGCGCCGGGAACAAGCUGGACUCUGCCGGCACCAUGGGAGCCGACUUUCUUCCUCUUGCUCGCAGCCGUGCCGCCGCCGCCGCGGCUGGGGGCACUGCAGCCGGUGGAAUCCUUGUGCCCCCCACCAUGCGGCGGGCCGACAACGAAGAGGAGGGGGACGUGAGCAACAACACGGCGGGGAGCAGCAGCAGCGGCCGCGGCCUACAACCCUCUGCCGCGCCGGCCGUGCGGGGCCCCCGCGGCGACGGGAAGGGGGCACGAGGAGGGCAGCAGCAAGGAAUGGGUGGCGGCGACAGGAAGAAGAAGACGGCCGCCGCUAGGAUCGGGGAGAUGCUGGCGCGUCUGCCCCUGUCCAAGCUCAAGAUCGUCGUAGUCGUGUGGCAGAUAUCGAACGCGUUUGCGGAGGUCACGAAGGUGCCGUUCCCCCCGGUAUACGAGAAAUUCCUGUCCAUCAUUGGGAUAUUUUCGUUCGACCUUGGCUGGAUGAUCUCGGCGGCGUGCCUGACCGCGGGCAUCGACUUCUACGACAAGCUUCUGAUCGUCACCAUUGGACCCGUGGGCCUUCUCCUCCUGCUCGGCUUCACCUUCUACCUCGGCGCCCGGCCCGUCCGCACGGGGAGGGUAAUCGAUAUGAGCUUCCGCAACAACACCAGCACCAGCGUCAGCUCGGCCACCGCCGCCACGCUCGCAGCCUACGACAGCGGCAUCAGCGGAAGCGUGAGACCCCGAGCAGGAGCGAGCGAUUCUGCGCGUGGGACCGCUUCCACUACCGCCUCCGCUAGACGGGGGAAGGGGGCUUCGCGUUCUGCGAUGGCAGCGGCGGCGGCGGCGGAGAGGGCACGGCAGGGGAGGGCGAGGCCGUCUGCUAGGAGGGUCUGGAGGAACGGCCCCGGUGACGAGUCGGACAUUGAGCAGAACCACCUGUGGGAGCUGUUCGCCAGGCACACCACCAUGAUGCUGAUUAUCCUGUACCUUGUGUACACACAGGUUUCCACGGUGGUGUUCCAAGCGUUUGCUUGCGAAGACUUCCCCGAGAUCGGCAAGAGCUUCCUUCGAGCGGACUUCCGGAUAGAGUGCGACACGCCCAAGCACGACAACUACAAGACUUACGCCGCCGCCAUGAUUUGCAUCUAUCCUCUCGGUAUCCCCGCAGCCUUCUGCUACUUCCUCACGAGGCAGAUGUCCCGCAUCAACCCACCCACGGACAAGGGGCUGAAGAACCAACGGGGGCGCAAACAUGUUGUUACCGAGAAGAUGAAUCAGAGGAGGACUGACCGAGCAAUUGCGCCGACUUCUUUCCUGUGGAACGCCUACUACCCGAACCGAUACUACUACGAGGUUUUCGAGUGCUUGCGGCGUCUACUGCUGACGGGGCUGCUGGUGUUCCUCGCGCCUGACACGCCGGGACAGGUGGCCUUCGGUUGCGUCUUCGCCUUCCUUAGCCUGUUGGUGUUUGAACUCCUUCGGCCACACACGGACCACCUCGACAUGCAGCUCUACCGUACGGUGAGAAUGAACAAGAACCUCCUUCGAAAGAACCUCCUUCCUCGCUCCUCGCUCCUCGCUCUCGUGCAAAGAGUGUGUACGUGUGUGUAUGUCCCGUCUUCUUUGGGGCCGGUCUAG